GGGGACGGGGACCUCCGGGGAAAUGUCUGAUAUUUGUGGUAUAAAUUGGGUUCUCGGAGGAUACUUCCCCGAGCAUGUUGGCUUUCUGCACAAUCUAUGACCAUUAUACAAGGUAAAAACGAGACAAUAUGAGUAGAGUAUGGACUUCAGCAACCCUCCGGUUACGACCGGCCUUGACGCCCAACACGUUACAGCCACGGGUGGUAACCAGAAACAUGUCUGGAUUGUCUGCCAUGCAGGCAUCUAAUAGAUUACGGACAGCUCUUCUGGAGGGAAAGAAGGCAUUUGGUGCUUGGCAGAUGCUUCCCGGUGCAAAUGUGUCGCGAGUUUUAGCAAGGUCAGGAGUUGAUUGGGUCUUGGUAGACUGCGAGCAUGGGAACUUGGAUGAUGGUGCAAUGCACGAUGCCGUCCCUGCAAUUGCGGCUCUAGGGGUUUCGCCCAUUGUGAGACUGCCUGAUAUGCAAGGAUGGAUGGUAAAGCGUGCACUUGACAGUGGAGCUCACGGUAUUGUUGUGCCUUUGCUGAGAACGCCUGAAGAAGCGAGACAACUUGUGCAAUCUGCCAAGUUUCCGCCUCUAGGCCGUCGAGGUUUCGGGUCACCCAUUGCUCCAGAGCGAUUCCACCCUGAGCCAAGCUUCUCAGAGUAUCUUCAGCAAGCAAAUGAUUCUCUCUUGACCAUUGUUCAAAUUGAGACCAAGGAGGCACUUGAAUCUAUCGACGAGAUUGCUGCCGUGGAUGGCAUCGAUGUGUUAUUCAUUGGACCGUUCGACCUUGGUAUGUCUUCCAUAAAUUACUAAGUUGGCCCAAAGGAAAAGUAUUGAUUCACAACAGGAAACGCCCUCGGCCAUCCCAUUAUCGAAGGAGUUAUGGCCACGGAACUUAAAGACGCCAUUGCCAAGAUCCUUGCUGCGGGUCAGAAAGCAGGCAAGAAGACAGGCGUAUAUUGUACAGGGGGUGAGCAGGCAAAGAUAUACGCUGAUCAGGGGUUUGACAUGAUGAAUGUAGUAACCGAUUAUACGUCCUUGGGACUGGUAGCCAAAGAGCAGCUCAGCUUCGCUGAUGGAAGCUUGGCACCAACCAGAGGAAAGGGGUAUUGAUGUGUGCCGCAAUGAGAAAUUAGUUUUCCUCUGCUUUGUCCAUUUGAGCUUCGACUUGCUCGGCAGUGAAUCUGUGCAUCAAUUUGAUUGCUUUACCAACUUUGCUUGGCUCUUCUUCAGGCGCGGAGGCUUUACUGAUGUGAAUCUGUAUUAUAUGGAUGUUAACAAGAAUUGAAGUGUCUUUAGGUAAGUAU